AUCGACAUAACUCUCACCCGCCAAUGGUUUCUUUCAUUAUUUUACAUUUUUUUCCUGGGAAAGAUUAACUGCCACAUUCCGUUUAAGAAGAAAGGAGAAGAUAAUAAAUAGAAAACAAAAAUAUUACCAAAAACAACAAUUUCCCAAUUUAUACAAGGCCGUGCAUUUUCUCUACGUAGCACAUUUACCCAAUUUUCCUUCUACUUUAAUUUACCCAUUUUCAAUAUUCUUCAGAUCUGUGAUUUUUUUUUCUCUUGUCAUUUUGUUAAAAUUUAAGUUUACAUUGUGUAUUUUAUAUAAGAUUUCUUUGUAAUGGCUGGCAGUUACGAUUCCAAUCCCUUUGGCGAAGAAGAAGUUAACCCAUUUGCGAAUCCUGGAAGUGACCGUCCUGCUGCAAACACAGGGCUCUCACCUCUUCGUUCUGAACCUGCCGGCUAUGAUCGUUCUACAACAGUUGAUAUACCUCUUGAUAGUUCCAAGGAUCUGAAAAAGAAGGAGAAGGAACUCCAAACUAAGGAGGCUGAACUGAAAAAGAGGGAACAGGAACUGAAAAGGAGGGAAGAUGCUAUUGCCAGAUCUGGAGUUGUUAUUGAGGAAAAAAACUGGCCACCAUAUAUCCCUAUUAUUCAUCAUGACAUUGCAAAUGAAAUUCCAAUUCAUCUACAGAAGCUGCAGUAUGUUGCAUUCACAACAUUAUUGGGUUUGGUAGUUUGUCUUCUAUGGAAUAUUGUAGCAGUUAGUUUAGCUUGGAUUAAAGGGGAAGGUCCAACAAUCUGGUUUCUUGCUAUUAUCUACUUUAUAACUGGUGUUCCAGGAGCCUAUUUUCUGUGGUACCGUCCUCUUUACCGUGCAAUGAGGAUUGACAGUGCUUUGAAGUUUGGAUGGUUCUUAUUGUGUUACCUGUUUCACAUUGGCUUCUGCAUCUUUGCUUGUGUUGCUCCUCCAAUCAUUUUUAAAGGGAAAUCUUUGACUGGAAUCUUGCCCGCAAUUGACAUUUUAAGUGGAAAUGCUUUGGUUGGGAUAUUCUAUCUUGUUGGAUUUGGAUUCUUCUGCCUUGAAUCCUUGAUUAGCUUAUGGGUCAUACAGCAAGUGUACAUGUACUUCAGAGGGAGUGGAAAAGCUGCAGAGAUGAAGAGGGAGGCUGCACGGUCUACUAUGAUGUCAGCAUUGUGACAUGAUGACAGCUGAGAGGUGAAGGAUAUAUUCCCGUUGACACGGCUGAAAUUUGAACUUUUUCAAAUUUUUAGCAAUUAUUCUUUUAUUCAAGUGAAUUAAAUGUAGAUUUUCUUGAUGUGUUGCAGCUCAAAUUUAGUUACUACCAUUCAAAAUCAUAUUGAACCUCUUCAUUUUUGACAUGGGAAACUUCAUUGUUUAGCAGUAUAUUUUGUAACUUGCACUUGGCUCUGAGCUUAAACAUAGGACUUUUAGUUAGAA